UCACAGGAGCUCCUAACUUUUCAGGGCAGCAGCACGCGUCGCGCGCGCUCUCGGACCUUAUCUCACACUGCGGAGACUUCUUCUUGUUUUCCUUUCUGCUUGUUUUUCUUUUCCACUUCUCCCACGAGAUGUUGGCUGCGCUCGUGCGAGGAGAGCAUGUUUUGGCCUCACACUGCUGGACAAUUAAUAAUUAGGGGAACAUUGUAUUUUCUCUUUGCCUGACUGAUCACUGUCAACUCCGGGGCCAACACACGCGCUCUGUGCGCAGGUACUCAGACGGCCCCUGCACCGCAGCCCUGAGCUGAACACUGACUGCUGAAGAGUCGCGCAGGGAUUUUCUAUUAUUAUUGAUUUCAGCUUAGAGAGAAACACACACAGAGUGAUCGAUCUGUUGGGAUUGGUUUUUCCAGUGGCUUGCAGGGUUGGAUCUGAACUUGGAUUACGGAAAGCUCUGAGAUUUUAAGAAAAAGGGGGCUGUUGGAGGUUUUCUUCAACAUGAAGCUGGAUGCUAUGUGGACCCUGCUCAUCCUCCUGGGACUGUCCAGCUUGACCUCGGGGAAUACAAUCAGCAGCAAUGAAGUGGUUGCUGCUCCUCGAGUCUUCAUCUCCUUUAAAGAGCUAAGGUCUACCGGUACGGCUCAUCACUUCGCCUACCUGCUCAAUGCAUCUGACUACAGGAUCCUUCGAAUGGAUGAGGACCAUGACCGAAUGUAUGUUGGCAGCAAGGACCACAUCCUCUCCUUAGAUCUCCAUGACAUCAACAAAAGCCCACACAUUAUACAUUGGCCAGUGUCUGAACGAAGGCGAACAGAAUGCCUUGUGAGUGGGAAAGAUGCCAGUGAGGAGUGUGCAAACUUUAUCCGCUUGAUAGAGUCGUGGAACCGGACACAUCUGUAUGUCUGUGGAACGGGAGCCUACAAUCCAGUCUGCACCUUCGUCAACCGCGGACGUAAACCUCAGACGUCCAUGUAUCUUCAGAUGGCCGAGGCCAGGGGAAGGGCUAGCCGCGCGGCCGAACCCAGCGCGGUGCACGAGACACUUGGACUUAAGGAAGAGAUUUUCCACUUGGAGCCUGGAAAAGUGGAAUCGGGGAAGGGGAAGUGCUCCUAUGACCCGAAGCUCAACAGCGUGUCAGCUUUGAUUAAUGGAGAGCUGUAUGCUGGUGUCUAUGUUGACUUCAUGGGAACCGACUCAGCCAUUUUUCGUACUUUGGGGACAAAAACUGCUAUGCGAACUGAUCAGUACAACUCCAGAUGGUUGAAUGAUCCCACUUUCAUCCAUGUGCAUCUUAUCCCGGACAGUGCGGAGAGGAACGAUGACAAACUCUAUUUCUUCUUCCGAGAGAAGUCAACUGAAAUGGGUCAGAGUCCGGUGACCCAGUCCCGCAUUGGACGAAUCUGCCUGAAUGAUGAUGGAGGUCACUGCUGCCUGGUCAACAAGUGGAGUACGUUCCUGAAAGCCAGGCUCAUCUGCUCAGUGCCCGGGACCGACGGCAUGGAAACACACUUUGAUGAGCUCAGAGAUGUUUACAUCCAGCCAACACAGGACACCAAGAACCCUGUCAUCUUUGGAGUUUUCACUGUUUCUGGUUCUGUGUUCAAAGGCUCGGCUGUUUGCGUGUACUCUAUGGCCGACAUCCGCAUGGUCUUCAACGGACCCUUUGCCCACAAAGAAGGUCCUAAUUAUCAGUGGGUUCCCUACACAGGGAAGAUUCCCUACCCUCGUCCCGGCACGUGUCCUGGAGGUACAUUCACACCCAGCAUGAAGUCAACAAAGGAUUACCCUGACGAAGUGAUCAACUUCAUGAGGAAUCAUCCUGCUAUGCACAAUGCCGUAUACCCAGUGCACAAGCGCCCCCUGGUGGUCAGAACCAAUGUAGACUAUGAGUUCACCAGCAUCACAGUGGACCAGGUGACGGCUGCUGAUGGCAACUAUGAGGUGCUCUUCCUGGGAACUGACAAGGGAUCAGUUCAGAAAGUUAUUGUCCUGCCCAGAGAUGACCUGCAGACUGAGGAGCUGGUUCUGGAGGAGGUGGAAGUUUUCAAGGUCCCCACUCCUAUAACAACGAUGAAGAUCUCAUCGAAACGGCAACAGCUAUAUGUAUCCUCUGCUGUGGGCCUAACCCAGAUGGCCCUGCACCGCUGUGAUGUGUACGGUGAGGCCUGUGCUGACUGCUGCCUGGCCAGAGAUCCUUACUGUGCCUGGGAUGGCAAGUCCUGCUCCCGCUACUCUGUCUCACAGAAGAGGCAAUACUGGUCUGACCCCUUUAGACGAAGCCGGAGACAGGACGUCAAAUAUGGGAACCCCAUCCGACAGUGCAGAGGCUUCAACUCAAACGCCAAUAAGAACACUCUUGAGAUGGUGCAGUAUGGCGUAGAGGGAAGCAGCACCUUCCUAGAGUGUCAGGCCCGAUCUCCGCAUGCUAUCAUCAAAUGGCAUCUGCAAAGAGACAACAGUGACCGCAAGAAAGAGCUGCGCUCCGAUGGACGGAUAUUGAAGACGGAACAAGGUCUGCUGCUGCGUUCUCUUCAGCAAUCGGACUCCGGCAUGUACCAGUGCACGGCCACAGAGAAGAACUUCAAACACACAUUGGUCAAACUACAGCUGGUUGUGCUGUCAGGCCGUGCUGUCAACAACGCCCUGGUAGAUGGUGGCGGAGGGCUGGUUCCGUCGUCCCUCCACUCCAGCGGCAGCCAGUGGACCCCCAGUGCUGGCCAGUACAAGGACUUGCUGACCAUUCUGAGCCAGCCUGAGAUGAGCCUAAUCAAUCAGUAUUGCCAGGAUUACUGGCAAUUUGGAGACCCCCUGCUAGGAGCCCUCAAAGCCAAAGACCUGAAGGAGCUCAAGGAGCAGAAGAAGCCCCGCAACCGUCGGCAUCAUAGGGAGCGAAAGGAGGAAGAAGAGCAGCAGGGAGCAGAAACAUGAGGAAACUGACUUUGUGUUUGAAACAUCUUCAACACAGCUUUCCCCCCACCCGCCUUCACCCCCACAAAAACUGGGAAAAGACUUGGUGAGAGUAGCAGCUUCAAAGAAAAUAAUCUGAAAACUGAAUGAAAAAGGCUUCCAAACAAACCCCCCAUACACCCCCAUCAACAGUAAGAUAUAUGACACAGUAUUUAUUGUAGGUUGUAAAUAGUAUCAUUCUGUGGAUUUCUUUGUACUUACAGAAAAAAAAAACACAUGGUCUUUGUGUAUAGGUACCAAUGGGGGGCAAAUAUUGUUAUUGUUGAUUUUAAUGUUACUGUUACUGUCGUUAGGAAAGUCAUUUGUCAGCAUCGUGUGAACUUUGACCUUCGGGAACAUGUCAUGGAGCAUGAGCUGUUCAGACUCAGAGCAAACUAUACGACGAAGUGUCUGUGUGAGAUGUGUUGCUGAGAACAGGUGAUGGGAGCCUUUUUGUACUAUCAUGAUUUUUUUCUGGACACUCCAGAGGAGCCUGUAAUGAAACCCCCAUGUGGCUGCAGACCGACAGACUGACUAAAUGAUGGAAGAGGAUCAAUGAAAUGUAGUCCUGGUUAUUGUUGGGAAACUCUUCUUUCUCAGUGGGAACCAUUGUAGGGUUUUUCUAUUAUGUCUCUGUAGAUGGGAGGACUAAUUGUAAAGCAAUGUGUACGGUUUAUGCAUACCAGGACAGUUAUUGAUUGGGAAUGUAAGAGAUUUAACAACAAAAAAGAAACCAACUUAUGUUUACUUUCAAAAAGUAAAAAUUCCCCCAUUGUGUGUUGCCUUACACAAGUUUUCAAUCAGCUUAACUUUUUCACAUUAUUUAACAUUACAGAGACCUAGAUGUGUUAAAGGUAUAGUGUAAGAUUUUCACAAAUUUUUUAAAAGACCCGCCCUUUACAAUAAAAAAAAAAAGCAUAUACACAACCCUGUACCCGCUUCAAAGAGGAGACGCCUAUUAAACGUGUGUGAAAGCAUGCAUGAGCCCAUUUCUCCUCGUGCACGCUCUGUUUAAAAGUCGCUGUUUGCAUCGCUCUUACAGGCUUACUGUCCAAAAUAAGAUUUGCAAUUUUUCCACUAUGUCAGACUCCCCACCGGUAAGUGAAAAUGGGGAGGAGCAUGUAAGACGGCCUUAUGUAAACAUAAACAGAAUGAUUGACAAUUAGGUGGACAACUUAUUUUGAUGAUCCACCUGGAGAAAGAACAUCCUCCACUAUACCUUUAAGAUUUUUUAGGAUGGGCCAACAUGAAGUGGUGCAUAAUCGCAGAGUGGGCAAUAAAAGCAAAACACAUUUUUUAACUGCUUUACAAAUAUAGAUUCUAAAAAGCUUUUUAGACUUUUGUGUUAAUUCUCCCUGCACCAGAAAUACCUUUUUUUUACUACAGCUGCAGCUACAAGACUGUGAAAGAGCUUUACUAAAUUUUUAAAGAAUGGCUAAUUCCUCCUAGCAAAGCACCUUAAGCAUGUUCAGAAUGGAUGAUGAGCGUUUAUAAACCACAUUUUCAAGCCUUGUCACAUAUGUCAGAUUUAGUUUUGAUCUUUGCUAUGUAUAACAAACUAGUACCUAACUAGACGGGUUUCCUUUAAAUCUUUCCAAAUAGGUAGAAUGUAGCUUAGUGGCUAAAGUAGUUCUCUGGAAUUUGAAUUUAUUAUCCAGCUUCCUGAUUGCAUAUUUCCAUGUUCCCCAUGGGCAAUACACUUAACCCAUAGUUACCCACUGAUCUGCUGUGUAGUAAGGAAUUUAUGUGUGUAACUGGGUAAAUGUGGCUGUAGUUUACAGAUUUUUUGAGGGUCGGAGUGUCUAAAAAAGCAUAAUAUUAUUUCAGUCCAUUCCAUCUUUGAGAUAAAUGUUGCAAAAUUUCCUUAAAAGUGGCUCCAAUUAUUUCAUUGCAAUAUUUAAAGAGCUUGUUUCUCGAUGCUGGAGAAAUGUAUCCUCACAGAAUGAUGCUGCCACCACCAUGUGUCAGUGUGGGGAUGCUUGACCUAGAACUACAAACGUUUAAAGACAUUUAGUUGCACUGUAUUUUCUUUAUAAGGUAUCAGCUUUAAAAGUGCUAAACUCGUAUUCAUUAUUUUGGUUCCACAUAACAAUUAUGCACUGCUUUGUGUUAGUCCACCCCAGGAAAUGUCAGUAAAACACAUCAAGGUUUGUAGCUCUAUGGGGAAAAAAUUUGAAAAAGUUCAAGCUGUUUUACCACUUUAAGGGACUGUACCUAAGCCACUGCUAUAUAUUCAGACACAGCAUUUUUCAAUAUCAGUAAACAUAAGCAUUAGCGUUCUUUAAACACAAACCUCAUGUCCAAGCUGUACUAUUUUGCACACUAGGGCAUUAUUUAGUUGCAUUUUUCAAAGGACAUUGGUGGGGGCCACAUAAAAAAACAACACUUGGCCCGAUAAGAUGGAAGACUAAAACCGUUUUGCAGUGAAAGUUGUUUCAUUAAGGCAGCAAUUGUUUGCAGUCGGCAGUUCUAAGCACAAAAGAGAUUCAAUUUAUCUUUCAUCCUCUUGAGAUUUUUCAUAUGUGGAAAAGAUGUCCAUUUAAACAGCAGAGCUUUGUAAAAAAAAAAAAAGAAAGAAAGAAAGAAAAAAACAACAA